GAUUGCUCUCUGGUCACAUCAGUCCCCUCACUUGAUCACCUGAUCUCCGAUACAUGAUUACUGUUAUUGAUGAUUAAAGGUAAAGGUGAACAGUGUGGAGAGUUGGGAGCAGCAGCGGUCACAGACUCGCAGUCGUUCACGGAGGAAAUCACAUUUACAAAGCGUAAAAAAACAAGAGAGUAGCGUUGCGUCUGUUGCGUGGAUCAACUCUAACGAUCCUGAGACCACCGGGAUUCGUGUCCAUGUUCUCCACUGCUCGUCGGGGUUCGACUGUGUUGCACCGAAUGAUGCAGUGAUGCAGCUCUGGAGAAGCUCUCAGGACACACGUCACUGCAAUUAACGCCUGGGACAAAAGAGGAUCUGGAUCCCGAAGCAAGAGUCAAAGCAGCUCGAGUAAGAUCAAUGAAAAUCAUGUUGUGAAGUUGUGGAAGACAUGCCUUUUGUGGAGUUCAUAGCUGGGAGCAUUUCAGGCGCACUGGGACUGGCAGUUGGACAUCCAUUAGACACUGUGAAGGUGCGUCUGCAGGCCCAUUCCAUGUAUAAAGGAAUACUUCACUGUGUGGCUAAAACAUACUCUCAUGAAGGGCUCCAUGGUUUCUUCAAGGGCAUGGCAUUUCCGGUGCUGACCACCGGCAUCAUCAACUCCAUUGUCUUUGGCUCUUACAGUAAUGCCUUGGAUUACCUCACUCAGUCUCAGCGCUGUGACCGUAGCAAACCGGCCUCGGCUGCACACGUCUUUACUGCUGGCUGUUUCUCAGGUCUGAUGCAGGUGUCUGUCUGUGCACCUAUCGACCUGGUGAAGGUGCGUCUGCAGGGUCAAACAUCUGCUAACCGAUACCGUGGACCCAUUCACUGUGUUGCCGUCAUCCUGAAGGAGGAAGGACCCAGAGGUCUGUUCAGAGGAGGGCUGGCCCUCGCACUGAGGGAUGUACCCUGCUACGGACUCUACUUUUUGCCGUAUGAGGUCACUCGAGUAGCCCUGACAGGGAGUGGCAAAGAAUCAGAUACGUUUGCAAUAUUGAUGGCAGGUGGCAUCGCAGGAGUGGUGACCUGGAUCUUUGCCACGCCCAUGGAUGUGGUGAAAGCCCGACUCCAGAUGUCAGGGGCGGGCGGACGGGAAUACAGCGGAGUCCUGCACUGCAUGAGAGUGAGUGUUAGAGAGGAGGGAGCAAGGGUGUUUUUCAAGGGCCUGCUACUCAACAGCCUGAGGGCCUUUCCCGUCAAUGCUGUCACCUUCCUCAGCUACGAGCGUCUGAUGAAGAUUUUCUGUCCAUCAGCGAGAUGACGAGAAGUCUGACAAUGACAAACUGUCACUGAAAACUGAAAAAUCUUCGGUCCAGUCUAACUCUGGUGUCUGGCGCACAGUUGACAAUGUUUAGGUGCUAGCUGUUAAAACUAAACUGUUGUUAGACCUCUUUGUCCUGAAAUUGUUGAGAUUCAACAAACUUAAAGGGACAACUAAAACAUCUCCAUGACAACUGAGCCAACUCAUCUGCUAAUGAAGGCUGUGACAUCUAGUUCAAGGACUUUGCCUGAAAGCAGCUGCAAUCAAGAUUCAAAUGACAAAUGAGUUUAGUGUGAAUAGGACUUCUCAUAACCACACCUUUAGAGCACAUUAGUUUAUCAUCUUUCAACUUUACUUUUGAUUUGAUUCAUCCCCAAUAAUCACAUUAGUAUCAUUACACCAUUUGCCUGAUGCCAAAGAGCAACUACAAUGCCAAUUUAAUACUAAUCCAUGUUUGCUAACACACUCAAUAUGCUAAUUUGGUGAUUUGUCAGCAUUGUGUUGUUUGUUUAUAGCAUAGACUCUAUGUAAAGAUGGAUGACAUGACAGCUCCUCAAAAGUAAAGCCAAAGUGUCUAGCUCACCACCUGGUUGCAUUAAAGGUCAGAAAAUUCCUCCAUCUUAGAGGAUGUGAAAUGUCAAAGUACACAUUAAAUUCAUUGUUGAAAGAUGGCUUCUGUCACUGUAGGUAGUUCUUAUCAAACUGUUUGUUCAAUAGUUCAUUUUUCUGGUAGGUUUGGUUUUAAUUAGUUAUUUGAUGCUUUAAAAACAGGUUGAAAUGUCAUGAUUGAGUCACGAAUGGUUGAGCACUUCUAUUGGUGAGACUGAAUAUCCGGUAUGCUACUGUGCAUAUUUUGGCUCCAAAUGCAGAACAUGGCAGCUAUUGCAAACCAAGAUAUUUUGGUAUCUUUGCUUGAUAGUGGGAGGAACCGGAGACACUUGUUGACAUGUGCAAACUAAUUAUUAUAAAAGAUAAGUAGGAUAUUUCCAAAAACUAUUGGUCUGCUUGUAUACUGGUUGAUCACUCAAAAUACAAAAUUGUAUUCUCUCUACAAAGUCCACCGCCAUUACGUCCUCGCUAAGGAGUAACAUCACAGAAUAUUUUCAUAUCUGAUUUGCAUGAUCCCAAAUAUAGAGUUCAAAUCUGCUCUGUCCAUCUUCUACUCUUAGCAUCUGUAUACCUUAA